UCUUGCUUCAAGUAGCAAUUGUCACUGAGCUCCCUGGCACCCAUCGGGUCUGCUGUGUGCCUGAGUCUAGCUGGUUGCAUACUGAUCCACAGAGGAUCUGGCAAGGAUGAAGAAGUGGGCUAACUUAGACUCAGGUGAGUCUGAGGACCCACCCCACGAGGAUUCCUGCCCAGACCCCCCUGAUGGAGACCCUAACUCCAAGCAAUCUCCAGCCAAGCCUCACAUUUUCUCCACGACCAAGAGCCGCACUCGGCUCUUUGGGAAGGGUGAUUCAGAGGAAGCAUCUCCUAUGGAUUGCUCUUAUGAGGAAGGUGAGCUGGCCUCCUGCCCAACCAUCACAGUCAGCUCAGUUGUCAUCAUCCAGAGGCCUGGGGAUGCUCUCACCUGUGUCAGGCAGCUGUCCCAGGACUCUGUCUCUGCUGGUGCUGAGAAGCCCCUCAAGCUCUAUGAUCGCAGGAGUAUAUUUGAUGCUGUCGCUCAGAAUAACUGCCAGGAGCUGGAGAGCCUGCUGCCCUUCCUCCAGAAGAGCAGGAAGCGCCUCACGGACAGCGAGUUCAAAGACCCCGAGACAGGGAAGACUUGUUUGCUGAAAGCCAUGCUCAACUUGCACAAUGGGCAGAAUGACACCAUCUCUUUGCUCCUGGACAUUGCCCGGCAGACAGACAGCCUGAAGGAGUUUGUCAAUGCCAGCUACACAGACAGCUACUACAAGGGCCAGACGGCACUGCACAUUGCCAUUGAGAGGCGGAACAUGGCACUGGUGACCCUCCUGGUGGAGAAUGGAGCAGAUGUCCAGGCUGCUGCAAAUGGGGACUUCUUCAAGAAAACCAAGGGGCGACCUGGCUUUUACUUUGGUGAGCUGCCCCUCUCCCUGGCUGCAUGCACCAACCAGUUGGCCAUUGUGAAGUUCCUGCUGCAGAACUCCUGGCAGCCGGCCGACAUCAGCGCCAGGGACUCAGUGGGCAACACAGUGCUGCACGCCCUAGUGGAGGUGGCAGACAACACGGCUGAUAACACCAAGUUUGUGACGAGCAUGUACAACGAGAUCCUGAUCCUGGGAGCCAAGCUCCACCCUACAUUGAAGUUGGAGGAACUCAUCAACAAGAAGGGGCUCACACCGUUGGCUCUGGCUGCCAGCAGUGGGAAGAUUGGGGUCUUGGCCUAUAUUCUCCAGAGGGAGAUCCAGGAGCCUGAGUGCAGACACCUGUCUAGGAAGUUCACUGAGUGGGCCUAUGGGCCCGUGCACUCCUCACUCUAUGACCUGUCCUGCAUCGAUACCUGUGAGAAGAAUUCAGUGCUGGAAGUGAUUGCCUACAGCAGCAGCGAGACCCCUAUGUUCUCCUUAAUAAUGAAUCAAUCCUUUCUCUGUGGAAGUGUUAAUCGCCAUGACAUGCUCCUGGUGGAGCCUCUGAACCGACUCCUGCAGGACAAGUGGGACAGAUUUGUCAAGCGCAUUUUCUACUUCAACUUCUUUGUCUACUGCUUGUAUAUGAUCGUCUUCACCACAGCCGCCUACUAUAGGCCUGUGGAUGGCUUGCCUCCCUACAAGCUGAAAAACACAGUUGGAGACUAUUUCCGAGUCACUGGAGAGAUUCUGUCUGUAUCUGGGGGAGUCUACUUUUUUCUCCGAGGGAUUCAAUAUUUCCUGCAGAGGCGGCCAUCUAUGAAGACCUUAUUUGUGGAUAGCUACAGUGAGAUGCUUUUCUUUGUGCAGUCCCUGUUCAUGCUGGGAUCCGUGGUACUGUACUUCAGCCACCGCAAGGAGUACGUGGCUUCCAUGGUGUUCUCCCUGGCAAUGGGUUGGACCAACAUGCUCUACUACACCCGUGGCUUCCAGCAGAUGGGCAUCUAUGCUGUCAUGAUCGAGAAGAUGAUCCUCAGAGACCUGUGUCGGUUCAUGUUUGUCUACCUCGUUUUCUUGUUCGGGUUUUCCACAGCGGUAGUAACACUGAUCGAGGAUGGGAAGAAUUACUCUGAGCCAGUUGAGUACACAUCACAUAGGUGGCGGGCUCCUGGCUGCAGGCCACCCGACAGCUACAACAGCCUAUACUCCACGUGCCUGGAGCUGUUCAAGUUCACCAUCGGCAUGGGUGACCUGGAGUUCACGGAGAACUACGACUUCAAGGCUGUCUUCAUCAUCCUGCUGUUGGCCUAUGUGAUUCUCACCUACAUCCUCCUACUCAACAUGCUCAUCGCCCUCAUGGGGGAGACCGUGAACAAGAUUGCACAGGAGAGCAAGAACAUCUGGAAACUGCAGAGAGCCAUCACCAUCCUGGACACGGAGAAGAGCUUCCUAAAGUGCAUGAGGAAGGCCUUCCGCUCAGGCAAGCUGCUGCAGGUGGGGUACACACCUGACGGCAAGGAUGACUACAGAUGGUGCUUCAGGGUGGACGAGGUAAACUGGACCACCUGGAACACCAAUGUGGGCAUCAUCAAUGAAGACCCUGGCAACUGUGAGGGUGUAAAGCGCACCCUGAGCUUCUCCCUGAGGUCAGGCAGAGUUUCAGGGAGAAACUGGAGGAACUUUGCCCUGGUUCCCCUUUUAAGGGAUGCAAGCACUCGAGAUAGGCACCAUGCACAGCCCGAGGAAGUUCAUCUGAAGCACUUUGCAGGAUCCCUUAAGCCAGAGGAUGCUGAGGUCUUCAAGGAUUCCAUGGCUCCAGGGGAGAAGUGAGGGACCCCCACCUGGGGUGCUCUCCAUGCUGGGCCUUUUGAUGCCCCACUGCCACGGAGGGGCUGUUCAGGGAACACCAGUGCCCUGUCAGCAGUGUGACCCUCUCAGGGCCUGCUCAGGCACAUUCCUAGGACUGCACUGGACCUGCUGUGGGAAGUGUGGUUGGGUGUGUGGGGAGAGACAUGCAUCCACCUACCGCUGUCCCAGGUGAAUCUUCAAACAGGAAGCCAUCUGCCUUUCAACUUCUCACUGACUUCAUUAAACAGUGUGAAGGGUAAGUCUGUACUUGGACAUAGCUUAGACCCUUGCUGCCUUUGAUCUUCAUGUUACUGAGAGUAAA